CCUUACAAUCUAAAACGUCGCCACUACAAGUAGCAGAUAAACAUGAUCGAAUAGCGGCGACGUCGUUCUCCUAGCAACCCGGACCAAUUUCCGGUGCUUGUUUUCUUGAGAUGUAAUCAUUUUCCGGUGCUUGUUAGUUAAAUAAUUCCACGUUAGAUUCCAAGAUAGUCAAUGUGAAUUCCAAACCACGUAAUCCGACAGGUACGAGAGAAGGAAAAACAGAAAGAGGGAGGGAGAGAGAGAGAUUCAGAUUUUUGGCAGAAAUAUAGGUUGUGGGUUUUGGUUAGUGGAGGAAAUGGUGGGCUUGGAACGACAAAUUGCUCAUCACCAUCGUCUUCAAAUGGAUGGUGAUGGUGGUGCUGGUGCUGGGGUUGUGGCGCCUAAAGCUUCUGGGGUUUCAUGCUCGAUUUGCUUGGAUUUGGUGUCCGAUGAUGGGGGCAGAUCGACGGCUAAGCUGCAAUGUGGGCAUGAGUUCCAUCUGGACUGCAUUGGCUCUGCAUUCAAUAUGAAAGGAGAAAUGCAGUGCCCAAAUUGCCGAAAGGUUGAGAAAGGCCAGUGGUUAUAUGCAAAUGGCUCAACUCAUUCAUUUCCAGAGUUUGGCGUGGAUGACUGGAAUCCUGAUGAGGAUCCCUAUGACCUACAUUACUUUGAAAUGCCAUUUAGAGUUCAGUGGUGUCCAUUUGGUGAGUUAGAGCGAAUUCCUCCAUCUUUUGAGGAAGUGGAAUCUCCAUCUACCACCUAUCACAACUUGCAGGAACACCAUGGCACGCCUGCUGAGCCCAUUGCCACAUCAUCUCUAGCUCAUCAUUAUGUUGCAUACGUUGGACCAAUUCCACCUGCAUCCUCGAGAUCUAGUGAUAGCAUUGAUGAACCUAACUUCAUUUAUCCCUGGAAUGGUCUAUCUGGACACAAUGAGAUAUUUAAUCCCCAUACUUUUCCCGCCAGUAGCAUCCAAUACCAUGGUUGGGGCCAUCAUUCCCCUCCAUUCUCCCAAUUUGGUAGCCAUAUCAAUGGUGCUGAUCCAGCUUCUGUUCCACCUGUGAUACGGGUAUCUACUCACAGUGAUUCUGAUCCUAUUACAAGGUCCAGAUUUCAUUCAUACCCACUUCUCUAUGCUCAUGGGUCAAGUCCUAGAGUGGGAAACUCAAUUUUCUCCACAGGUGUUCCUCAUUAUCCAGGAUCCAAUGCUCAAACCCAUGAAGUGAUCCAUGUUUCCCAUGCCUUCCAUCUUCAGCAACGACCUAGCAAUUCGCCAGGCAUUCCCUCACCUAGCACUCCUGUGGUGAGGAGAAUCGAGGGUCCUGGGGUUUUGCCUCUAAUAGUGCCUGCCCCCAUACAACCCGAUCGCAGUGGCAGUUUUCAUAUCAUUCCUCAACCUCCUUCAGUACCAAACUUUCAUGAAGUAGAAAAUCUUUUGCCGAAUCGAUAUGAUGCAUGGGAAAGAGAGCACUUGUCUCAUUUCCCACCAUUGGUAUCAGACAGGGACUCAGUAUGGGGAUCAUCCCAUCAAACUGCUGCUGACUCUGAUUCUGUUAGCAGGUCUAGCGGUGUAUGGCGUAGUCACCGGUCCUAGAGGGUGUGCUCCCCUACUGUAGUUGCACAAGUUUGUAAACCAAUUUAUCCCUUCAAAACUCCCAAAUGAAUUCAAUCUAAAUUAUGAUGGGAACUUAACUGUGGGUAUUCCCAAGCAUUUGCCCAUUUUUUUGUACAUCUCUUAAGAACUUGUUUUGUCUUGUAAACACAGAUCCUGUAAAUCUCUUGGCAUUCUAGUGGUGCUAGAACUUUAGUUUCUUUCCCGGAA